AUGGAGCCCCUCUCCUUCCAGGAAUACAUCUGCUCCCUGGACCCCACCACCCUACCCCGCAUCCUCAGGAUAUGCUCUGGUGUCUACUUCCAAGGGUCCGUGUAUGAGAUUGCAGGCAAUGAGUGCUGCUUGUCAACUGGUGAUCUGCUGAAAAUCACAGCUGUCACGCUGCAAAAGGUUGUCUGUGAGAAUGUGCACACGGGGCAGACAACGGAGCUGCUGCCAACAUUUAAGGGUCUUUUCCAGCCUGCCCCAGAUCUGGGGCCAUGCCCCAUGCCACAGGGACCCUUCCUGGAGGGCGGCAUGAAGAAGGGCCUGACGCUGCACCAGGCGCUGGAGUGGGGGGGCAGGCAGAGACAGCCCCUACGGUGCCCCACCAUCGGCCCCCACGCCCUGCUCCUGAGCCCCGUCUACGAGGUGCAGGCCACCAUGAACCUGCGAAGGGAUGAGGUGAAGAUCCCCUCCACGCUGGAGGUGGACGUGGAGGAUGUAACAGAGGAGUCACAGGACGUUCACUUCUCCCGGCCACUGCUGCUGAGCGAGGUGCUGGGGAUGGAGGAGGUGCUGCCGACACAGGUCGAGAUCCUGGAGGGGCCCCGCAGUGCCACCAUCUUUGAGAGCGCCUGGGUCCCCCGCCUGCGGAAGGGACAGCGGCUGCAGAUCCACAGCUGCUCCCACACCUGGAGGGUCCUGGCCUCUGCUCGCAGCGGCACCCGCCGUUUCCUUCUCUCCAGUGCCUACCAGGGCCGCUUCAGGCAGCGGCCCCGGCAGUUUGCAGGGGUGCAGGAGCUGGCAGCCAGCCUGCAGCCUGGCCAGCAGCUGCACGUGGUGGUAACACAGGACUGUGAGGGCCGCGAGGACAACGUGCCCCCACUCAGUGUGGGUGACCGGCUGGAGGCCCGGCAGCUACUACUGGCUGGUGGCAGCACCCGGCUCCUGUGCCUCCGCCAUAGUGAGGAGGAGGAUGAGGAGGAGGAGGGCGAGGAGCUGCUGCUGCCACUGGAUCUGGGGGGCAGCUUUGUGGAGGAGGCGCGUGACAGCAAGAAGUACAGGCUGAUGGAGCUGGUGGAGCUGCUGCCACUGCCAUGCGAUGUCCGGGUGGUGGCCACAGACCCAGCCCUGGAGAGGGAUGUGCUGGGCUCCUUCCCUGCACUGCGGCUGGAGGCCCGCAUCACCCAGCCCUUUUUGAUCAGCAGCUUCUGUGAGGAGCCAGAUAAGGGCUUUGAGAUCCCGCCCCAGUGGUUGGACCUCACCCUUGUCCUCACUGAGGAGCCCGUCCACUCCCAGGCCCCCUCCACACACUGCUCCCAUGUGGAGGAGCUGACUGAGGCCUUCUACUACAAGCUGCUGGCGCAGCUGCCAGGUGGCUCAGCCCCGCCACCCCCACGGCCCCCCAAGCCGAAGGCGGCUGGUAGAGAUGUGCAGGUGCAGCCAUGCCCUGCCCCGGAGCAGAAGGACAGGGCACGCUCCAGGGGAAAGCGCUCCCUGGCCCCCAGCCCCACCACCAGCUCCCAGACACGCCUGGCUCCUCCACUGCCGCCGCCGUUGGUCCUUCCCCAGAAGGCGAAGAGCCUCACUACCCAUCGGAGCACCCCCAAUGAGUACAGCCCACGCCCCCGUCUGCUGGCAGCUCCCCGGUCCCACAAGGCUCCCAGUAACACAGACAUGGAGAAAAGCAGUGAUGAACAUGACUAUGAAGUCAUUGAAGAAGACAUUCAAAAGACAAUUCACAAAAUGCAGACUGUUUUUCCUUUCUAA